CCAAUUUUGUGCCACAGCUUCCCGGGCUGAUCGCAGGAACCUUUCCUUUUUAACAAUCCUACCGAAACGUGCACAAGAAGUGAAAAGCUAUGGUUACGUUUAAUCGAGAGCCACCAAAGUGAUAACCCAAACCGCCCCAGUCUGGUCGUUUUCUAUGGUGCUGUGCUGUUCGGUUUGCGAUGCGUUUGAUGAUAUUUCAUUCGCCCCGGCCAGCAGGAAACGGAAAACCUGUCUGCGUUUAAGCGACGUGUUGUGGCAGGGUUUACUUUCACAUUUCGAUCGGUAUAACAGCGCAACCGGGAACGAAGCAAUCAACAAAGUGUGGAAGCGUUUGUUUCAAUUCUUCGUGUUGCGAAUUCCACCCGGCCCCCCGGUGGUCGUUUUUCGGCUGAGGCUCGAUGGCUAAACCCGUCAAGAUCUUACGUAAUGCGCCACGAUGGUCCACACUGUUCCCGGUGGUGCUGUACGUGCUUUUCAUCCUAUGCAUUCUGGUGUUGGCGUUCUCCUCCCGGAACCAAAGCGAGGAAAAACACAGAAAACACAUCGAAAGUGGUAAUGCGCACGAGAAACCGAUUGCACCCGCCCCGUUGGUUUAUCGGAAAUUGGAAGAGAGUGUCGUGAAGGAACUAUCCGCAGCUUUUGCCAAAGCUGACACUAGCGGGGACAAACAGCUGUCGGUGCAGGAGCUGGCAAAGUACAUAAAUUUCAAAAUCCGUGAGCACAUCGACGAAGCUAUUCGUACAAAUCCUACGAUGUUUGUCGAGAUAGACCAUAAACCACGCGAUGGGCUCGUCAGCUGGGAUGAAUAUCAGACUUACUGGCUGCGAGAAAAAGGCAUUGCCGGUGAUAGCCAUAUGAAGAAAGCCGCGUUUGAUAAGCUAGACCGUAAGGUGAAAGAAUCCAUCGCACGUGACAAGGCCCUGUGGAUGGAAGCCGCCCGAACGGACCCGCUGAGCUUGACAUUGGACGAGUUUUUGUCCUUCCGUCAUCCAGAAUCCAGUACGGUCAACUUACUGAACCUAGUCGACGAUAUACUGAGACAGUUCGAUUUGGAUGGGGACGACUACCUGACGAUGGAGGAAUUUUCCGACGUGCAGACCACGGAUCUGGGUGAGGGUAAGAAGUUUAUUUUGUCGCAAAAUGUGCGUGAAAGGAAGGAGGAAUUCAAGAAAGUGAUUGAUAAAAACCGGGACGGCAAAGCCGAUCGCGGAGAGCUGCUUUCGUAUGUUGAUCCGCGACACCCGCGCUACGCUAUACAGGAAGCUUCGGCUUUGUUCUCUCUAGCCGACGUUAAUAAUGAUAAAAAGCUGGCGUUGCAUGAGGUGUUAGCAAAAUCGGUUAUAUUCAUGUCGUCCAAGAUGAUCCACACAGCAGAAAGUUUUCAUGACGAGUUUUAGGUAACUUUGGAAUUGUUCAAUAACAUAUUGGAAUUGGAACAACAAAGAAGGUUCAUCGUAUGGAAGUGA